GCCAGAAACCGCCAUUUUGCGCGUACGUUUUCGAUGUGGUUUCUUGUCUUGAUGCUUCGUCAGAUUUGAAGUAUUUUGGAAUGGAAAAUUCCUUAAAUUUCGCUUUAAACCAGUUGGAGCCUAUGUGGACAAAGUCGGGAACAUAAUAGUUUUUUGUUUCGGGUAUAAAAGAAGCAGGAAUUAGUUUCUAUUCCGCAGUGAAUUACAUUGUUUUACAAACAUGUUUUAUUCCCAUUUUAUUUUGGCUAAAAAGGGUCCGCUAGCCCGUAUUUGGUUAGCUGCCCAUUGGGACAAGAAAAUAACCAAAGCUCACGUAUUCGAGACGAAUAUUGAAACUUCAGUAGACGGUAUAAUCAAACCAAAAGUAAAACUGGCACUUCGUACAUCUGGUCAUCUGCUUCUCGGAGUUGUACGUAUCUAUUCAAGGAAAGCUAAGUACUUAUUAGCGGAUUGCAAUGAAGCCUUUGUUAAAAUUAAGAUGGCCUUUAGGCCGGGCAUGGUCGACCUGCCCGAAGAACACAGGGAAGCGGCAGUUAAUGCUAUUACUUUACCUGAAGUUUUUCAUGAUUUUGAUACCACAAUUCCUGAACUGAAUGAUGUGGAUAUUGAAGCACAGUUUAGUUUAAAUCAGUCUCGUGCUGAAGAGAUUACUAUGAGAGAGGAAUAUGGUAACAUAUCAUUAGUAAACCAUGAUGAUGGUUUUGGAGAUAUGGGCUUUGAUACGGAUACACCUGAACUAAUGAGGCAUGCUACAGGGCUAGAACCAUCGAUGGAACAAAGUAAUCUGUUAUUCAGUGAACCAGUUCUUGACUCUCAAUCAAUACCAAAGGAUGUUACAGAACCAAUGCCGUCAACUUCUGGUACUCAGGCUCAUGAACAAUCGAUGGAAAUAGAUACAGGGGUUCAAGAUGAUAAUUUAAUAUCUGGGGGACUUUUUGAAGGUGGAUUAUUCGAUGAGGCUCCGAUGGGUGAAGUACCGUCGGUCGACGCGAGUAUUCCAGUACCAUCCGCACGGGAUUUGCCAGCAGAUAGUGAUGAUGAUGGGGAUAUGGACAAUUUUGGAGGACCUCCGUCUGUUGGAAUGAGUUCUGGAGGUAGUCGUCCCCCAACUCCGUUGGACGAGCAUUCGCAACAUCCCUCAACAAGACCGCAGACGCCUUCACAUCAGUCGAUAGCUCCGCAGUCCCCCGCGCAUAGUUUGAGGUCUUUGAGGAGCGCUCAACCGACUCCUGCACCUCCCGAGCUACCUCAAGCCGAAGAAGCGCCGGUGGCAGACCAGACAACUUUGCUUCAGAACGACGAAGAAAGCUUCGCCUUACCUCCAGUAGAUGCCUCAGCAUUAAAAGACAUAUAUUUCCUAGGGACCACUAAAACCAAGCGGAAACGGAAGCUGAUCAUCGACGAGGUGAAGAACAUUUCGGGGGAGGAGAUGAAGAACCAACUCAGCGACACCAGCGAUAUAGUUACUUCACUGGAUCUGGCCCCUCCAACCAAAAGACUGAUGCACUGGAAGGAAACUGGAGGCGUCGAAAAGUUGUUUGCUCUACCGGCAAGAUCGAUACCAGCACGGAUACUUUUUAAGAUCUAUCAAAGGCAUCUAACGCUCAAAUCCAUCCGAACGGAGGACUUUGCCAUGUUGGGCGACGCCGAUUCCUUGGCUCUGGAUCAAGUGAGAGACCACGAGGAACCUAGUAUGGAAGCACCCACACCAACCCCCGCCAAAAGGGGUAGAAAAAGAAAAAACGUGGAAGAACCGAGCCAGACUCCGAUACAUAUGCCCGAGGAAACGCCGAUACAUUUACCUCCGCCCUAUCAGCAGUCGCCGGAUCAGCCGCUGCCUGCCACGACGCCUAUUCCGCAGCAUUCGCCGAUCCCGCCGCCUGGGACGCCUCUGCACCAUCCCGGGACGCCGCUGCAUUAUCCUGGUACGCCUAUCGGUACCCCUGUUCAUCAUCCAGGCACUCCAAUUCACGCUCCUGGAACCCCCAUGCACCCUUCGCAAUUAGGUUUGCCACCCUGGACGCCCGGAAGUUCGUUUGGCCUCCCCCCACCCACGCCCGGUUAUGUCGGAAGCGGGUAUCCGGACACGCCCGCCGUUAUGCCCGGGCAAACGCCACUGCACAUACCCGAGGGUGAAAUACCCCAUUUGGCACCGGAUCAGCAGAUGGGCGUACAUCCGCAACUUAUGGGUCAAGAUUUGGGCGUGCCUCAGACGCCUAUUCAGCCCCAUCUACCUGAAAUACCGCUGGAUCAGCUACAGGAGCAUCUGGAUCCCAUGGAAAAUAUGGGCUAUGACCAGUCACAGAUGGCAAAUAUGGGCUACGACGACCAAUUACCGUCGCAAACGCCUCACGCGGGCAUGUCGGAGAGGGUUCAUUCUCCGUGGGGUGGAGACUAUGAUUUACCCGCCUCAGUGGAUCCAGCUGACGAACAGCAAGUGGACGAAACGGACGAACAGUUCGAAGAGAGAGUAUUGAACAAGAGGGCAUAUCAGUUAUUCUUACUCGUAAGAAACAGGUUACAGGAUGCCAGUCAAAUUACGCUGUCGGAAUUGUGCCGUAAGAACAAACGAAAACAGGCCGCCCAGAAAUUCUACAGCGUGUUGGUGCUGAAGAAGUUCCAAGUGUUGGAGCUGGAGCAGGCGGGGGCGUACGACGAGAUUUUCAUAGAGAAAGGUCCCAAGUUCGAGAACCCCGUUUUGUAAAAAAGUCACCCGAGAUUUGACGGUCGUGCGAGGACUCAACAGAACCUGUGCUAAAUUUUCGGAAAAAACAAUUUGGCAUUUUGGAACCGGAACACCUAUUUUCGAAAAAUGUUUUAUUUAUAGUUAUAGCCGUUAAUUUUAAAAAGUAUGCACAUUUUUCCGGAAUAUGUUUUUUUCGAGGUUUUAGAAAUUGAACUGCCAUAAUCUGCAUGGCCGUUGUCAGAGCUCCGUUAAACGCGUUAAAUCUUUUAGACGUUAGUUCAUAUGUUCCAGAGAGAGACUACUAGCACACGCCGAAAUUACCGGAAAGAUUUCCUAAACUUUACAAGAAAAAAACUAUUUAUAUUAAACCCGUUUAAACUGCGAGUCGUUGUUCUGAAAGCCCCGUUUACACGUUAUUACUGGAAGUGUUCGAAGAAUUUGCUAAACUUUACAGAAAUAAAAAAAAACGUUUUCAUUAAACCGGUUUUAACCGAUUUUGAAAAACAGUAUCUCGGGUUGUUGCUUAUCUAUAUUUUCCAUUAUUUUUGAAACAAAUAUAUAGCGAUUAGCUCAAAGUUCUGCGAAUUAUACGGUUUCUUUUUCUGGUUUGCAAAGUUCUCGUAUCGCUUAUUAUUAUCGCUCUUAUCUUUUUAUAAAGCCGUCUAGGGAAGAUUAGCGUUAUACCCUUUAAAAGUUGUUCCAGAUUAAAGACUAGCACAUACUGGAAGUACUCGAAGAAUUUCCCAAAACCAAAAAAAAAAGUUUUUAUUAAACCGGUUUUAACCUCUUUUCAAAAACAGAAUCCGUUAAACCGGUUUUAACCUAUUUUCAAAAACGGUUUCUCGGGUUGUUACUUAUCUAUAUUUUGCAUUAUUUUUGAAACAAAUAUAUAGCGAUUGGCUCGAAGUUAUGCGGUUCGAACGCUUUUUUUUCUGGUUUGCAAAGUUUUCGUAUCUAUUACAACUAUUGGAAGCUGCAUCUAUCUUCUUAUAAAGCCGUUAAGGGAAGAUUAGCGUUAUACCCGUUAAAAUUAUUCCAGAUUAAAGACUAGCCCAUACUGAAAGUACUCGAAGAAUUUCUUAAAUUUUAAAAAAUACAGUUUUUAUUAAACCGGUUUUAACCUAGUUUCAAAGACAUUAUCCGUUAAACCGGUUUUAACCUAUUUUCAAAAACAGUAUCUUGGGUUGUUACUUAUCUAUAUAUUCCAUUAAUUGAAAAACAAUUAUAUUUCUGUAAUUAUUAGCUGCGUGCGUUAUGAGCUGGUACCAAAGACGGUUUGUUCGUCGUACUUUGGGAGUUUUAUUUAAACUGUCAGGUUUACUAUACUUUAUAUACGUUUAUUUAAGAGACUAAUACACACUGGAAUGACUCGAAGAAUUUGGUAAACCUAAAAAAAAGUUUUAUUUAAACCGGUUUUAACCUAUUUAAAAAGAAGUGUCUUGGAUUACUACUUAUCUAUAUUUUUCAUUAAUUUAAAAACAAUUAUGUCGUCAUUAUUGGUUCCAAACAUUAUGAGCUGGUUUCAAAGCCGCUUUUUUGUACGCUUUUGUCGAUUUAUCUGUUACACAUCAAAUAUUUUACUCGUGGUAAUGUUAGUUCUAAGGGACAGAGCUGAUUUGGCUUUGUGGUUUGAAUAACCAGGUUUUAUUGCAGAUUAAAGACUAGUACACACUGGAAGUAUUCGAAAAAAAUUUGCCAACCUUUAAAAAAAAUCAAUUUUUAUUUUACCGGUUUUAACCUGUUUUGUAAAAAAGUAUCUUGUGUUGUUACUUACCUAUAGUUUCCAUUAAUUUUAAAACAAUUGUCUUGUCAUUAUUGGUUCCAAGCAUUAUGAGCCGGACACGAAAAUCCUUUUGGAGACGAAAACGCUUCUAUGAACACAUUUGUCGAAUUAUCUGUAACAUCGCAAAUUUAUUACUCUUGAUAGUUCUAGCUCAACACGCCUUACCUAUUUUGCCUUUGCCGUUUUAAUAACGAGGGUCAGGUAUAUUGCAGAUUAAAGAAUAGUACACACUGGAAGUACUCGAAAAGAAUUUGCUAGACUUUACAGAUAAAAAAGUUUUUAUUAAACCGGUUUUAACCUACUUUCAAAAACAGUGUUUUUUAAACCGGUUUUAGCCUAUUUUCAAAAAGCGUCUUAAAUCGGUUUUAACCUAUUCAAGAGUCCAUUAAACCGGUUUUAACCUAUUUUCAAAAACAGUAUCCGUUAAACCGGUUUUAUUAGUUUCGUGAAUAAGUAUCUUGUGUUGUUACUUAUCUAUAUUUUCCAUUUUUUUUAAACAAUUAUAUUUCUCUUGAUUAGCUCCCAAGCAUCAUGAAUUGGAAAGUAAAACGAUUUCUUCACCGUGCUCUCGGAAUUUUCUUUAGUGUUUUACCUAUAGUAUUCUUUGUAUUCGUGGCUUUUGCGCUACAAAUAAAAAAGUUUUUAUUAAACCGGUUUUAACCUAGUUUCAAAAACAGUGUCUUAAACCGGUUUUAACCUAUUUUCAAAAACAGUAUCCGUUAAACCGGUUUUAACCUAUUUUCAAAAACAGUAUCUGUUAAACCGGUUUUAACCUGUUUCGUGAAAAAGUAUCUUGUGUUGUUACUUAUCUAUAUUUUCCAUUUUCUUUAAACAAUUAUAUUUCUCUUGAUUAGCUCCCAAGCAUCAUGAAUUGGAAAGUAAAACGAUUUCUUCACCGUGCUCUCGGAAUUUUCUUUACAGUUUUACCUAUAGUAUUUGUAUUCGCAGUAGGAAUUUUACAACGAGGGUCAGGUACUGUUAGAUGAUAGAUUAACCUAUUUUCAAAAACAGCAUCCGUUAAAUCGGUUUUAAGCUAUUUUCAAAAACAGUAUCUGUUAAACCGGUUUUAACUAGUUUCGUGAAAAAGUAUCUUGUGUUGUUACUUAUCUAUAUUUUCCAUUUUUUUUAAACAAUUAUAUUUCUCUUGAUUAACUCCCAAGCAUCAUGAAUUGGAAAGUAAAACGAUUUCUUUACCGUGCUCUCGGAAUUUUCUUUAGAGUUUCAACUAUACUAUUCUUUGUAUUCGUGGUUUUUGCGAAGUAGGAAUUUUACGACGAGGAUCAGGUACUGGCAGAUUAAAGACUAGUACUCACUGGAAGUACUCGAAAAAUUUGUAAUCCUAAAAAAACAGUUUUUAUUAAACCGGUUUUUAUUUAUUUUCAAAAAAAGUAUCUUGAGCUGUUACUUAUCCAUAUUUUUUAUUAAGUUAAAAAUAAUUAUAUUUCUGUAAUUAAUAGCUCCGAGUCCUAUGAGUCGGGAACUAAAAUCUUUUCGUCGCCAUUUUGAAGUUUUAUUCAAAAUAUCGUUUUUAGUAUUCUUGAUAGUCCUUUUUUAUCGACUAUAACGAUUUUUUCGUCGCCCUUUUGGAGUUUUAUUCAGAAUAUCAUUUCAUAAUCAGAAGUUUAAUAUUCUUUGUAUUCCUUACUUUUUCAGAAUAAGAAUAUCACGACGAGUGUCAGGUAUUCAAGAUUAAAGACUAGAAAUACUAGAAAUACUCGAAGAAUUUGUUAAAAAAAAUAUUUUUGUUAAACCGGUUUUAACCUAUUUUCAAAAAAAGUGUCUGGAGUUGUUAUUUUCCGUUAUUUUUAAAACAAUUAUAUUUCUAUAAUUAUUAGCUCCCAAGCAUUAUGAAGUGGAAAGCACAAUGAUUUUUUCAUCGCGUUUUCGGAGUUUUAUUAACAUUUUCUGGAUUAAUAUUCCUGUUAGUCAAGGAAUUUUACGUGUCAGCUAUUGCAAAUUGAAGACUAGUACUCACAGGAAGUACUCGAAUAAUUUGCUAAACUUUACGACAAAAGAACAAUUUUUAUUAAACCGGUUUUAACCUAUUUUCAAAAACAGUGUCUCAAACCGGUUUUAACCUAGUUUCAAAAACAGUGUCUUUUAAACCGGUUUUAACCUAUUUUCAAAACCACUAUCUUGGGUUGUUAUUCCAUUAAUUUAAAAAAAAUUAUAUUUCUGUAAUUAAUAGCUCCCAAGCAUUAUGAAUUGGAAAGUAAAACGAUUUUUUCGUCGCCCUUUUGGAGUUUUAUUCAGAAUAUCAUUUCAUAAUCAGAAGUUUAAUAUUCUUUGUAUUCCUUUUUCAGAAUAAGAAUAUCACGACGAGUGUCAGGUAUUCAAGAUUAAAGACUAGAAAUACUAGAAAUACUCGAAGAAUUUGUUAAAAAAAUAUUUUUGUUAAACCGGUUUUAACCUAUUUUCAAAAAAAGUGUCUGGAGUUGUUAUUUUCCGUUAUUUUUAAAACAAUUAUAUUUCUAUAAUUAUUAGCUCCCAAGCAUUAUGAAGUGGAAAGCACAAUGAUUUUUUCAUCGCGUUUUCGGAGUUUUAUUAACAUUUUCUGGAUUAAUAUUCCUGUUAGUCAAGGAAUUUUACGUGUCAGCUAUUGCAGAUUGAAGACUAGUACUCACAGGAAGUACUCGAAUAAUUUGCUAAACUUUACGAGAAAAGAACAAUUUUUAUUAAACCGGUUUUAACCUAUUUUCAAAAACAGUGUCUUAAACCGGUUUUAACGUAGUUUCAAAAACAGUGUCUUUUAAACCGGUUUUAACCUAUUUUCAAAAACAGUAUCCUUUAAACCGGUUUUAACCUAUUUUCAAAACCACUAUCUUGGGUUGUUAUUCCAUUAAUUUAAAAACAAUUAUAUUUCUGUAAUUAAUAGCUCCCAAGUAUUAUGAAGUGGAGAGUAAAACGAUUUUUUCGUCGCCCUUUUGGAGUUUUAUUCAGAAUAUCAUUUCAUAAUCAGAAGUUUAAUAUUCUUUGUAUUCCUUACUUUUUUAGAAUAAUAUCACGACGAGUGUCAGGUAUUCAAGAUUAAAGACUAGUAUUCACUGAAAAUACUCGAAGAAUUUGCUAAAAAAAAAAGAUUUUUGUUAAACCGGUUUAAACCUAUUUUCAAAAAAAAUGUCUCGAGUUGUUAUUUUCCGUUAUUUUUAAAACAAUUAUAUUUCUAUAAUGAUUAGCUCCCAAGCAUUAUGAAGUGGAAAGCACAAUGAUUUUUUCUUCGCGUUUUCGGAGUUUUAUUAACAUUUUCAGGUUUAAUAUUCCUUUUAGUCAAGGAAUUUUACGAGUGUCAGCUAUUGCAGAUUGAAGACUAGUACUCAUAGGAAGUACUCAAAUAAUUUGCUAAACUUUACGAGAAAAGAACAAUUUUUAUUAAACCGGUUUUAACCUAUUUUCAAAAACAGUAUCUUAAACCGGUUUUAACCUAUUUUCAAAAACAGUAUCCUUUAGACCGGUUUUAACCUAUUUUCAAAAACAGUAUACUUUAAACCGGUUUUAACCUAUUUUCAAAAACAGUAUCCUUUAAACCGGUUUUAACCUAUUUUCAAAAACAGUGUCUUGGGUUGUUACUUAUCUAUAUUUUUCAUUAAUUUAAAAACGAUUAUAUUUCUGUACUUAAUAGCUGCGAGUAUUAUGAGUCUGAAACUAAAACGAUUUUUUCGUCGCGCCUUUGAAGUUUUAUCCAGAUUGGCAGGUACAAUAAUCUCUACAGUUCUUAUUAUUGUAGAACCACUAUCUUUGGUUGGUUUGGUUUGGUAUGUUCCAAUAGUUAUAUUUCUGUAAUUAUUGGUGAGCCGACUCGAAAAAAAUUGACACAAAAACGAUUUUAUUUCGCCUUUGCGGAUAACAAGUCAACUUCAUUACUCUUUGUAGUCCUAGCUCAAAAUGUCAUAUCUGUUUCGCCUCUUAAUUAAAAGAAUCAGUUAUUAAGCAGAUUAAAGACUAGUACACAGUGACUCGAAAAGAAUUCGUUUGAAUGAACAAGUAAAACGUAACGUGUAUACGGGCAUUUAGCGUAUGUUUAUUUUUUUGUGUAAGUUAUAUUUACGAAAAAAAUCUCUUUACGUUUUUUCUCGUUAGAAACACAGAGGGAUCAAAUUUAUCGUGGCACGCCCAAAUCAUUUAAUUAAUGUAGUUGAUAAAAUGUACAGGUUGUUUUGAAAGAUUAGAACACAUUUUCCCUUAUAUACGAAUUUACCGUGAAGUUAACUUUUUAACAAACUCUGUAUAUAGGUUAGGUAUUAGGUCAGUGAGGUGUUUUUCUUUUUUUGUGAAUUAUAUUUUUGCUUUUUUCUACACCAAAGCCUUAUAUAUUUUUUGAUUUUAUUUUAUAUUGUAUGUAUAUUUGUUUGGCGGAUUUUUUCCUCUAAGUUGUGUAAGAGUGACAAAAAUAAUGUUGUUGAGUUUUUAGGCUUGUAUUUUGUUUCAAGGCAUUGAAGUUUUGAUGUUUUUUGAAAAACAGAUUCUUUAUUGGUUUGUUAUUCAUUUAAUAUAUUAAUUAUACAGGGUUGUUCUUGCAACUCGGUCACAAACAAUUUGACAGCCACUUCCAAUGUCAGAAAGUGGAAAAUAUUUACUACAUUACUACAUUCAAAUAAUUAUCUAAAUUAUAUUUUAAAAAACUCUUAACGAGCCAGUUAAUUGAAAGACCCUGUAUAUAAGGAUACUUUUAAUAUUCAUGAACUUUAAUGCCUUGAACUUAGAAACUGUAAGAAUUAUUUCAUUCAUAGUCAUUAUUAUGCAAUAAAAUUUUGAUUUUUCUUUCCAUUCUACAUAUACAGGGUGUCUCAAACAAAAGCUUUUACUAUUAUCCAAUUUUACUAAAACAGCAAAUUAAGCUUUAUUAUAUCUAUUUUUUUUUGAAUUUACAAUUUGAAAGGUUAAUAUAACAGCUUUUUAUGCUAAAAUGUUCGUUUACAUAUUUAAUCCUACUUUACUAUGUCUAUUAAAAAUAUUUACAUAUUUUUUACUGUGUAUGUUUGUAUUAAUUAAUAAUUAAAUCAUUGUUUUAUUGCUUUUUUGCAUAUUGUUAGUUUUUAGAGACUAUAUUUUGGAUUUAUUAAUUUUAUGAUAAGAAUUGUAUAGUACAAAAUUGAUAUAGUCUGUCCAACGAGCCAGGGAAACAUUUCGACAGACGACGUCAACCAAAAAAUGACAGAAAACUGUCAAAAUCAUGUACAUUCUUGUUGGACGGACUUUAUGUGACUUCGACGUCUCUAAAAAAUUAUUGAACCUUUAUGUAUAUGACUUGUUAUUGUCACACGAGUAUGGAAAAUCCGCAAAAUCUAAAAAGAAAUAUUUUUUAUUAUUAUAUAGCACUUGUAAAUUUGUCUAAGUGACGCCCGAAGUAGUAUAUUAGUGUCAGCAUUUUUAUUAUUCUAAGUUUAUUUGUCUUUUUUUAAAAAAGUAAUAUUUAAUUAUUGUUAUUACAUUGAUAGUGUUUAUAGAGCAUAAUUAAUAAAAUGAUUUACAAGUA